AUGACUGUAGUUACUGUAGACACUAAAACUGGAUAUGUUGAAACUGAAAAUGAUCGAAUUGUUAUGGCUAUUUUAUUGAUCGCAUUACCGGUGAGGAUUUGAAAUUUUUUAGAUAUCUGAAAAUAUUAUCUCCCAAGUGCCUUUUGAAUUUUGAUCCCUAAAACUUUCAAAAAAAAAUCUUUAAACUUUUUUUACUUCGAGAAAAAAUCCCUGAUGAUUUUUUAUAAAUUCCAUAGAGCCAUGUGACUUUGUACAAAAAUUGAAAAUAUUUUUUUCUGAAAAAAUGGCCUCAUUGAUAAAACUUGAACUUUAAAACAAAAAAGAAGAUUUUCAGUGUAAAUAUUUUGAAAUUUGCAGCAGAAGAAUUUAGAUAGCGAGCGAAAAAUUCUGAAAGUUAAACUCCAUAGAAAUCUUUGUAAUGAUAUGAAAAGUUUCUAGGAAGGAUCUUCUAAAGUUUUUCUCUGAAACAUUUCUAGUUUUAAUUGUAACGACUUGAAUUUCGAAUCAAGAUGAGAAUUAUAUGAAGUUCGAAAUCAGAUUUUUUUUGCAUUUUUGAUAGUUAUGAUAAUCCCCAUUAAAAAAAGAACCGGAUUUUUUGCAAAAUUUUUCCAAGCCAAAUUUAUAAAAUCUCAUUGCAAUGAUACAUCUGAUCCUUUAAAAAAACUACAGUACCACCUCAAGAUAUUUUCUAAUCCUAUUCCCAAUUCCAAUAUAUUGUUUCUAGCCACUCGCUGUUUUGUUCAAAUCUCGUGGAUGCAGUGGUUGGGUGUGUCUUUGUAUUCUUCUCUAUAUUUUAUUCGUAUUUCCUGCUUAUGGAAUGGCUGUUUGGUUUUGUUUCAUCCGUGAUCGGAAAAAUGAAGUUCGAACUGAUCUUUCACCACCUCAAGCAAUUACUUCUGCAUAA